AUGCAUAUCCGGGAUAAAUUUGAGAAUACUCGAGCAUCUUUGUUCCAUCGAUCUCCUCUUCCUAUACUUGAGGUUGCCCUUACAGAGCUAAUUUCUAAGGAAACACAACAACAAACUCAUCGGGUUCAUUCUACUGAUAUGGUCUUGGCUACUACUCCAUCUAGCUCAUCUACUCCGGCCACUCCUGCUGUAGCUGUUGCUUCUUCUAAAUCGCGACGUUUCAACAGCCAAUGCCACUAUUGUAAGGAAGAUGACCACUGUAUUUCUGAUUGUCCUAAGAAGAAGGCUAAGGAUACUCUUAAGGCUAAUGCAUCUUACUCUUCCAAGCCUGUUGCUGCUAUCUCCACCAGCUCCUCAGCUUCUAAUUCAUCUUUUGAACCUUUUUUGUCGUCACUUUCUGCAACUGACAUUGAGGCAAUUGUCACCCAGGUCCUAUCCCGUACUUCUACUGCUUUAUUGGUCUCCAUAGUUACCCAUAGGAAGUCUUUAAAUCUUGUUCUUUUAAUUUAUACUGCUGAUGGUUCACAUAUGUCUGUUAGUCAUUUUGGUCACGUUUCUACUCCUAUCCUUUCUGAUCUGAAGACGAGCCAGCUAGUUGGGACCGAGCAUAAAGUUGGUUGCCUUUUUGAGCUUACAUCUCUUCAUUUGCUUAGUUCUUCUUCUCCUCAAUCUCUUAGUGCUGCUGUGUCUUCCAGCGUUUGGCAUUCUCGUCUCGGUCAUACAUCUUUAUCGUGUGUUCAGUCUUUAGCUUCUAGUGGUUACAUAG